AUGGUGGCACGUAUGCAGAACUAAUUAUAACUGUGCACUGUGUUGGGUAAAGUCAAUAAAAUGCGGAUGGUGAAAUGUAUCAAUAUGGUGUUCUUCGGUUGAAACACGUCAAAUAAAUACUCCUACAGUUAUUCAAAUAUCUGGCUGAGUAUUCAUCGGUCGACAGCGACAUCAAAACAGGUCGACAAAUCUGAAAAUGUUACCCUCGACAGUGUCGCAGGUCAGUGGUUACUGUUAUAAUUGACAAAAAACCUUGGUAAUUAUUCGGCGAAGCAAUCGUCAGGGGCUGUCGAAGGCAAUCUCAACCGGGGUAUAUCAUCCGCGGAUCGAUAAGCAAUGCUGCCAUGAAAGCCAGUGUGAAAUCACUCCUGCUCCUCGCCACUACCUGCGGGUACGUCUUCCUAGGUGGCUACAUCUUUGUGGCUCUGGAGCACAAGCAAUCUGUGGAAAACCAUCAGAAGCUAAUCCGUCAAGUCGCCGGCUUCCUGGCCAACCACAGCCGCUGCGGUGUGGUGGAGGAUCGUCUGCGGGACUUUUUGGAGAACUCUGUAGCCACGGCUAAUGGGAAUGGAGUGAUGCUGUCUCACGCUCAUCCGGCCAGUGGCGUGCAGGACAUCUGGACAUUUUCGCACGCUCUUGUUUUCGCUUUCGAAGUCGUGACGACUAUCGGUGAAGGAGUGCUGGUGCCCAGGACAUUUGAAGGUCGUCUAUUCGCCAUGGCCUACGCCGCUAUCGGUGUUCCCCUUUGCUACUUAAUGCUGUCCGCAGUGGGGGACACCUUUUUAUUCAUGUGGAGGAAACUGCGCCGUCUCUUCUCCCGUAUACGGCAACGAACCAUUCGCGUGGCCCUGGGAGUAACCUGUACCCUGAUCGUCUUGCACCUAGUCCUGACCGUUAUCCCAGCUUUCAUCGUGUCCUAUCACGAAGGAUGGGACUUUUUCACCUCGCAGUAUUACUGCUUCAUGGUCCUAAGCACCGUGGGCCUGGGGGACUAUUCCCGCAAGCGGAAAAUGGAAGACUCGGAGGAAAUGGAAUGGGCCUGGACUGUACUCUGUGUGCUGUACGACCUGCUCUGCCUCAGUAUCGUCUCCGUCCUCUUCAAAGGUAUGAACGAGUACAGGGAGCACGUGCGCACCCGGAAGGAGGAGGCAAAUCAGGAGGAACAAUGUUGGGCAGACAGACGGGGAGACGAGGCGUCAUCGUCUGCUCACGGCAGUGUAAGCCCAUCGAUCUGAGCUUCGAACUGGGCAAAAUCUAGUCCAAUGAACUUGGAGAUGUCCCAGACUCUGGACUGGGUUCGUUAUCCCUAAUCAACAGUUAAAAAAAGAUCCUGACCAACUAGGAUAUGGAACUUGCACCGUUAUCUGUCAAGAAAUCUCAAACCGAACAAACUUGCUUUUGUGGUUUUUUACGUUUUAAUCGCUGUUAUUGAUACAUCCCAAAUCGGCCGAUAUAUUGAGCAAGGAAUAGCAUUUUAAAAAAAAAUAUGACAAUCACAUGCCUAGGCUGGAAUCAAAAUAGCAUGCCCCAAACCUUUACAAACUUAUACCACAAACUCACACAGACACCGUUUUCCGGUUUUCACUUUUAUUUAGGAGACGUUUCAUCAUUAAGUUCCGUCAUUAAUUGAGUCGACGAUUGGUGGACGAGUGCAGAAUACUAUUUUGCACCAGAUACAUCAUGUGUUUUUGCAGAGAGCAAGGAGCAGGAGGUUCGUGAUGGCAUUAGCCCCGCCGUCCGAAACGAAAUUGAUUAAGGCCGGGCGGGCCGGCAAUUAACACAGCUCGGCCGAAUCAUUUACCCAUUUAUACUUCUGGGUGGAGAGAGGCAAGUGGGUCGAAGUGGCCGGCCCAAGGACACAACAUGUCUCAGCAGCUGGAUUCGAACCCCUGGCCCUCUGAUAAUGAGUCAAGAACCGUCACCACUAUAGGCCACACUCCCCUAAUAGGGCCGAAUACUGAGUAUAAAUAUCUGACCAGUACAUAAAAAAUACUUCCCUAAAUCAACCCGGUUUAGAUCCAGGAAUCCUUGAGUGUUAUGCAAUACGUAUGCAAAUUCUUUGCUCGGCAUAAUAUAAACUAAUGUCACCUAUACCAGCAUGUUUGUUAUAUCCUGCAUUAAGAGGCUAAUCCCAAUGAGUGUGGUGGCACGUAUGCGGAAUUAAUUAUAACUGUGCACUGUGUUGUGUAAAGUCAAUAAAAAUGUGCGGCUGGUGAAAUGUA